GAAAGAGAGAGAGUUUACACAUGUGGCCAGGGAAGGAGGGAAGAGUCAGAAGACAGAGAGAAAAAAUAGGGAGAAGAAAGAGAGGAGGAGGGCUUUUUCUCGCUGGCCAGGAAAAGACUGUCGAGAGAGAGAGGAAGGAGAGGUAAGGAAAAAAGUGGAAGAGAAUUGACACACGUUGGUAACAACUACAGAGCAAGAGAUAGAGAAAGAGCAAACAGGAGUCAGAGGAAGGGAAAGAGAAAGGAAGGGGGUGAGAGAGAGCGAUUAAUAGAGGAGGCGGAUCCGACUCACACUGUGGCCUGAGAGAGGGGAUUCCUGUGUAGUGAACAGUUUUAGUUGGGACUCCAGUCCUGUGUUCUCUGACUUAUCUACCAGUCUCUGUUUCUGUCUGGACCAUAAGCUCCCAGGCUGGGUCACAGAAGCCCUAAACACAACACGACCACAACAGGAACAUUACAGGACCACUCUGUUGGACCCAUGCACAGGAUUAUUGCAGUUCAAAGGAGAGGUCGAAACACGGUCUGAAAAUAAUCUUAUCAGAGCAGGACCGCUUUUUGAGAUAACUGUACAAGUGAAGAGUGACCACUGUGGUUUGACCACAAUCUGAACACAAUAGGACCGUUUGACCAGGAGGGGAAAACGUGGGAACUGUGGGAACCGUGGUUUGAACAGGAACACUUUCCUUUCUAGGGAGUUGUGGGGUCUGUGGUUUGACCUGAACAGGACCGUGGGGGCUGUGGCCUGGACAGGACAGUAACGUGUGGGAGAGAAGGUGACAUCAUGAGUAUUGUUAUGAAGCCACGAUCUCGCUCCAUCAGCUCUCUUCGGAACAUGGAAGGAAUCUGUUUCGAUGUGGACAACGGCACAUCGUCGGGACGCAGCCCACUGGACCCCAUGGCCAGCCCGGGGUCUGGGCUCAUACUGCAGGGCAACUUUGUCCACAGUCAGCGGAGAGAGUCCUUCCUCUACCGCUCCGACUCGGACUAUGACCUGUCACCCAAGUCCAUGUCCAGAAACUCCUCCAUCGCCAGUGACAUUCAUGGCGACGAUAUGAUUGUAACACCAUUUGCACAGGUUCUGGCCAGUCUAAGAACUGUACGAAAUCAUUUUGCUGCAUUAAGCAAUUGUUCACAAGACAGAGCAUCCAACAAGAGAUCACCCAUGUGUAAUCCACCACCCAUCACCAAGACCACCUUCACAGAGGAGGCCUACCAGAAACUGGCCACCGAGACGUUGGAGGAGCUGGACUGGUGCCUGGACCAGCUGGAGACCCUGCAGACCAGACACUCAGUUGGCGAGAUGGCCUCCAACAAGUUCAAGAGAAUGUUGAACAGGGAGCUCAGCCACCUGUCUGAGAUGAGUCGCUCAGGGAACCAGGUGUCAGAGUUCAUCUCCAGCACCUUCCUGGACAAGCAGCACGAGGUGGAGAUGCCGACUCCCCAGACGCAGAAGGAGAAGGAAGACAAGAAGAAUAGACCCAUGUCUGAGAUCAGUGGAGUGAAGAAACUGCAGCACAGCUCCAGCCUCACCAACUCUAACAUACCCCGCUUCGGAGUCAAGAGCGAGACAGAGGACGAACUGGCUAAGGAGAUGGAGGAUGUAAAUAAAUGGGGCCUUAACGUUUUCAAAGUCACUCAGUUCUCUGGGAACAGGCCCCUGACCGUCAUGAUGCACACUAUAUUCCAGGAAAGAGACUUGUUAAAAACUUUUAAAAUUCCACUCGACACUUUUAUAACCUACCUGAUGACCUUAGAAGACCAUUACCAUGGCGAUGUGGCCUACCACAACAACAUCCAUGCUGCUGAUGUCACCCAGUCCACUCACGUGCUGCUAUCCACCCCCGCUCUAGAGGCUGUGUUCACAGACCUGGAGAUCCUAGCUGCCAUAUUUGCCAGUGCUAUUCAUGACGUGGACCACCCUGGAGUCUCCAACCAGUUCCUCAUCAACACCAAUUCGGAGCUGGCCCUCAUGUACAAUGACUCGUCAGUCCUGGAGAACCACCACCUGGCUGUGGGCUUCAAACUGCUUCAGGAAGAGAACUGUGACAUCUUCCAGAACCUGACCAAAAAACAACGACAAUCACUGCGCAAGAUGGUCAUCGACAUCGUCCUAGCGACUGACAUGUCCAAGCACAUGAACCUCCUGGCUGACCUGAAGACCAUGGUAGAGACCAAGAAGGUGACCAGCUCUGGAGUUCUACUCCUGGACAACUACUCUGACAGGAUCCAAGUUUUGCAGAACAUGGUGCACUGUGCAGACCUGAGUAACCCCACCAAGCCCCUGCAGCUGUACCGCCAGUGGACCGACCGCAUCAUGGAAGAGUUCUUCACCCAGGGGGACAGGGAGAGGGAGAGAGGCAUGGAGAUCAGCCCUAUGUGUGACAAACACAACGCCUCUGUCCAGAAGAGCCAGGUGGGCUUUAUUGACUACAUCGUCCACCCUCUAUGGGAGACAUGGGCAGACCUGGUCCACCCUGACGCUCAGGACAUCCUGGACACUCUGGAGGACAACAGGGAGUGGUACCAGAGCACCAUCCCCCAGAGCCCUUCACCCACCCUGGACGAGCCUGAUGACGGCAGCCGUCCCCCUGGAGGGGACAAGUUUCAGUUUGAACUCACCCUGGAGGAGGACGGGGAAUCAGACACGGAGAAGGACAGUGGCAGCCAACCCGAGGAAGAGGAUGAAGAAGAGGAGAACAGUUGUAGUGACUCAAAAACACUCUGUACGCAGGACUCAGAGUCAACAGAGAUACUACUGGACGAACAGGUGGGGGAGGAGGAGGAAGAGGAAGUGGAGGGAGAGUCCUCUUCAUCACAACCUUGUGUAGUGGAGGAGGAAGAGGAGGGGGAGGAAGGGGAAGAGAAGGGCGAGGAGAAACCAGCCGAUACAUAGCAGUGUAUGCACUGCAACUAAACUUUUCUUCUUAGUAACCAGAGAUGAUUAUUUCUAGAGUAUUUUGGGGGAUUUAUGGACUAUGUCUGUUAUUUUUUAAAUAUAUUUAUGUUUAGGGUUCCAAAGCGCACGCUGUUCACCCCUUGGCCACUCCUCCCUCCUCAUCCUUGGUCAGCUUCUCAGACACACCCAUUGGUACUUCUACAACUUUUUUGCACUCAGGAAAACUCUUUUCCAUUCCCGUUUGUACCGGAGUAGUCUGUGUGUUAUUUUACUUCAAAUCCUAGUCCAAGUGUGUUGAAGUUACAUUAAGGAUUAUGAUUAGAGAUUAGAGUGUGUUUCAUGCUGUUCAUAUACAGUAUAUCUCUACUCCUUUCAGCCUUGGCUGACCAAUGGCGGUGUUUCUGUGUGUUAUUAAGUGCCCAUUCUUCAGAAGUCACUAUAGUGUCUGUUUUUCUUAGUUGUUUGUAUUUAUCAGCAAAGCAACACGCUACGUUGUUGUGUGGUCUGGAUGAAUGAAAUCCCAACAGGACACGUCACGAUGGAGAGAGGCGCUGCAGCACAUUGAGAGAAAAAUGCAUUGUGGGAAUUUAUCAAGACACUUUUCUGAAGUUGAAGUCUUCCUUGAAAACCUGACUAAAAAGGCUAAGAUCUUACAGCUCUAAUGCUCGGUUUAACCUCGAUAGAGUUUUUGUAUCGUACCAUACAUAACAUGGAGAUCUAUUGUAGAUUCUACUUUUGUUAACCAAGAAAAAAAAAGUGACUUUUGAAAACAUUUGAAAGGCACUUGAAAACUGUUGAUGAGAAAUGCCUCAUCUGCCACUGCUUUUCUGUGUGUAAAAGGGUAACUUUUUAUUGUUUUGGGGGAGUAUUGGGGAGUAUUCUCAGACUUACAAAUCAAGCCCUUGCCCCUACCCUCUACGCAGUAGAUCUGAGAGGAUUGGAUAGAUAUUAGCGGAUCCAAUCCUCUCAGAUCUACAGGAGUGCCUAAAGGGUAGGUGCUAGGGCUUGAUUUGGGAUUGCACGUUUAUCAAAAAGCAUUUACACUAUUACUCCCAUACCACUGUCCCCAUGUUCGGUUGUCAUAAUCGUGCAACAAUCAUUUCAAUCAUUUCAAGGAUCGUUUUCCCUGAAGAAAAACAUGACACAUGUUGACACAUACUUGACUUUACGUUGAAUGAAAUCAUUUUGUUCUACUUAUUGUUGCCUGCAGUAAAUAUGAGCGCAUGUCAUCUUACAAUGCAAUGCUUGUUAGAAGCAUUGGAGUGCUGCAUUGGAGUGCUGCAAGUUUACAGAGGUGAUGUCACCACACUCUGCUGUACUGUGGAAGUCUAUGGGGGGUUUGAUACCUAUAGCAAUGUUAUAAUAGAAUUUUGGUAAUUUGGUGGGUUGCGACACUUUUUGUGCUACACACAUGGUGACCUUAUUUCCUAUUACUUGUCAAUCAUGUCUCCAUUUCCUGAUUGUUGUGUAGGGAGGUGGUCAAUUCGAUUUCAUAUUCGGGACGCAAUUUAUUGAAUAAUAGUUCAAUAAUAAUAAACACAGAGAUUAAUCUUUCAAAUGCCUCAGAUAAAGUAAUAGCUUUGUGAGAUGUCUGAAAUAUGUACAGUGACAGUCAUUAUUACAGCUAAUAAUUGUGAGUGCUAAUAAGAAACAAAUCAAUUCCGGUUCAAUAAUUGAAAGUUCCUCAUUGAAAAUAAAUAGCUCUUUUCAAGUCUUGAAUAGGAAUUUCAAUUCAUAUCCUGAAUUUACUUCAAAUGGAAUUGUCCACAGCCCUUACUGCAGGUCAGUAAUAUUUUACAAUGCACUUCAUGGUUGAUGUUUUCACACAUUAGCGGUCACAGCCAUUCUGAUUCCCAUGUAAAAUAGCCUUUUGAGUGGCUAAGAUAUCACUCAUAAUAUUUGGGGGGGAUAGAAAUGUUCAACAACAAACAAAUAACUACCAGGAAGUUUUAAGGUGAGGAGCUAAUAUUCAUGAGCUUGCCUUGAUUGACAGCUCUUAGAAAGGCCUCUGUCAUGAAACUUGAAUGCAGUGAGCAGUGUUGCAGUAAAAUCAUCUCAAGCAGAUUUGGUGAAACACAAGCAACUCAAACAACAUUGAAAUUGCAUCAAUGAUGUACAUAUUUUAAUCUCCCAUUCGGCAUGUCUCUUGUGAUGCGGUUCACAGCAGCACUGACAGAUGUGUUGACAUGACAACUGAGUCAUAGUUUUGUUCGACCCUCCCCCCUUUUGUUCCAUGCUGUCUGAAGACCUAGCUAGUGACUAGCUAACACCAGACACAGAUGAAGACCUAGCUAGCCACUAGCUAACACCAGACACAGAUGAAGACCUAGGUAGCCACUAGCUAACACCAGACACAGAUGAAGACCUAGGUAGCCACUAGCUAACACCAGACACAGAUGAAGACCUAGGUAGCCACUAGCUAACACCAGACACAGAUGAAGACCUAGCUAGCCACUAGCUAACACCAGACACAGAUGAAGACCUAGCUAGCCACUAGCUAACACCAGACACAGAUGAAGACCUAGCUAGCCACUAGCUAACACCAGACACAGGUGAAGACCUAGCUAGCCACUAGCUAACACCAGACACAGAUGAAAUGGGAGACAUAUAAGUAUCUUUGCCAUAGAUGAAUAGUGUAGACUUUUAAUUAUAUUUGCUGACACCCUACAGUCUAAAUUUGGCAACAGUAGAGUAGCUAUAUAAACCAAACCCCCCCGCUAACACUCUUUCUAAAAUGUUCGUAACAAGGCGGAACUUAUUUAAAUUAGGUAAGAGAAUAUCAUGUUAUCGUUCCUGUGUUAAAAUUAGAGUUAGGGUGAUGUCACCCUAUCCCUUUAAUAAUCAUGAAUCCAAGUGUUUGACAUGGGGGAGGGGACCCAAACUUUUUCAAUGUAGAAGCAACAGUAAUUUUUGAUACUUCUGAUCAUUGCAUUUUGAUUUGGUUUCAUCCAAAUAUCAUCCAGUUUGAUUUAAAACAUAAUUUUGACUGUUCAUGACCCUCUGUCAUUGUCCUCACACUAACCUUGAAUUUGUUUGUUUUGACCAAGAACACAAGACAAUCAGCUCCAUGGUACAGUGGUCUCAUAAGAAGACAAGUCGGCUAUAGAUAAUGCCUUGAUGUUUUCAUAUCUCACUACUUCACUUAUUUUGUUUUUUUAACUCGCCAAAACUCACGUGCUCAUUGGGCUUGAACAAGACUCUUUACACUUCAGCCAAGAGACUUUCUUUUACACAUUUCUAUUGUUGUUGGUAUUACAAUUGAUGCUAUUAUUUAUUGAUAUAUUUUUGUAUUAGUUGUGUCUUUCUUGCCAUAUAAAGGCGGUACAGUUAAGCUCUCGCUGUAGCAUAGACCGCUGUACAGGCUUUCCAGUUACUAUACCCAAAUAGGCUUUUUUUCUCUAAAUAUGUACAUACAGUAUACAAAAUUCAAGAAUUGUUAGAGUGCUUAUUUGAGAAGAAAUGUGUCAUUUGAAAUGUUUUAUUUCAUUCUUAUGUUCUUGUGCCAAGUUGUUUUUCUCCAUCCUCACUCGAUGACCAUAAUACCGCUUAUCUGGUUGUAUCUCUGUUUACAAACAUAUAUUUAUUGUGUUGUAUAUACUAUAAUUAUUAUUAUUCUCAUCAUGAUGCUGUUUGUUGUAAAUGAUUUACACUUAUCAUCCCUUUUGGUGAUGGUGUGGCUGUAUUGCGUACCUUGUUGAGAGAAUGUUUAUUACACAUGCUUAUUCAGUGUAAAAUGAUCCAUUGGUAUUGGUUAACUGAGAAGCUUGCUCAGAGUGAAGGAGGACAGGGGAAAGCCAAAUAGUUUUUUAGAGGAAGCUGUUCCUUGGCCCAUGGGCUGUGCCUUAAAUUCAACAUGCCAUG